AUGAAAAUAUAUUAUCUCAACAAGAGUUUGUCUAUAGUCUUUAGGAUAUAGAAAUAUGGCUUUAUAUAACAGGUAUAGAUUUCUUUUACAUAAGUUAUUCAUAGCUUUAUCGUCAUGAUUUAGUAUAGAGUGAUUUAAAAAUACUUAAAUAAAUACUCCAUAAUAUUACAAUUAGCUAUAGAGAUGGAACUAGUUAAUAAUAUUAAUAUUGAAUAAGGUUUGGAUUAAUAACAACGAUAAUAAUAAAUUUAAGAAUAAAAUGAUUACUAAAAUCAACAAUUAAUUGGCAGGCUUUUACUUUUUGAUUAAAGAAACAUAUUUGUCUAAAAAUUGAGUUUCGAACUUUAUGAAAAAUUGUUAGACAAAUUUAAGUGUUUAAAACUUUUAAAUAAAUUAUUGGUCUUGGCUUUUUUUUUCAUUGAAUUAUUUGCCUUGAUAAUGCUAUUGUAUAGCCAUAGCAUAUUUAUUGUAGAUAGACUAUUUUAUUACUUAUGCAUUGUUUAUAUGAUUAUAGUGGUGAUAUUUGGAUUAAAUUAAUACUUUUCAACUUUUACUAAGGUAUUCCUAUGGAUAGUGUUUUUCCCUGUUUUUAUUACAUAUGAAACCUAUAUGUGGUUCAAAAGAAGGAAGGAGAAAAAGUUAGAAAAAAUGAAAAUUUUGGAUAGUUUCAAGGAGUUAUUAAUAGAUUAGAAUAAAUAUCAAUUAGAAAAUAAUGAUUGUGCUAUAUGUAUGCAAAGUUUUUAAGCCAUGGAAUACAUAAGCAUGUAUUUCAUACGGAUUGCAUAGUAGAUUGGUUAAAACUAAAUACUAAUUGUCCUCUAUGUAGAAAAAUAAGUAAUAGAAGGUAAUUGA